GCAUGCGUGUUAAUGAAAUCGGAAAUAAACAUGGCGGCUGCCAGAAAUUAAUAUUAAAAAACAAAGAUCGAAAAUGUGACUUUUGCAUGACAGUCGUGUUAAUUCAUCAAUAUUUAUUAGACGUUAACUAUGAUUCAAAAUACAAAUGAACGAGAACUCGUAAAUUUAUCUGUAAUGAAUGUGGAGGACCGCGUAAACGAGUCAAAUUUGUCCCCCGGUGUUGACAAAUCGGAAAACACUGAAGCCUCAACCGGGGGAGGGGAUGGCCAGUCUCCCGACCUCAAGUACGGCUUCGAGGACCUGUGUCCGGUGUGUGGGGACAAGGUCUCCGGCUACCACUAUGGGCUUCUUACAUGUGAGAGCUGUAAAGGUUUCUUCAAAAGGACUGUACAGAACAAAAAGCAGUACUCUUGCGUGGACAACCGAGAAUGCCAAAUUGACAAAAGUCAACGCAAGAGAUGUCCAUUCUGCAGAUUUCAGAAAUGCCUCAAUGUUGGCAUGAAGCUUGAAGCUGUACGACAGGACCGUAUGCGCGGUGGCAGGAACAAAUUCGGCCCCAUGUACAAGCGUGAUCGGGCCAUGAAGCAGCAGGCCAUUCGGCAACAACAGCAGCUUAUGACCAGCUGUCAGAUGCGUAUGCCAAACGGCAUGGACCUGUACUCCUCGAGUAGCCAGGAACUGCCCGACAUCAAACCAGACCCUGCCUUUCUCAUGUCUGUUGCUAGUAACCUUGGUUACGGGAUGAACCCUGCUAGUCACAGCAUGCCUCAGACACCGUCCGGAACCCCUCCUGGGUCUGGGAUUCCGUCCCCGGUAACGUCGGAAAACUCGCCCCGCGAUUUGAGGUUACCUGUGACGCAUGGUUCUGGUUCGCAGUUGCAUAAUAGUAGUCACGCACAUUAUCAGAAUUCUGUAAAUAUAAACUCUCAUAGUAGUAUGUAUUCGACAAAUGGGACUUCUUUCUUCCCGGCGGGCAAUGCGGGUCAGUCGGGGGGACCAAGUAGCGGUAAUAGUGUGUUUCAUUCUUACUAUACUGCAAUGUCGCAUGUGGCAGCGAACUCAGCUGUUCUCCCGCAGUUGAUCGUGGACUUGAAGGCAAGUGCUGUGGACGAACGCGACUUGAAGCAUAGGCUCUUGGUUUUUGUGGAGUCAGAAUUCGGGCACGAAGAUAUCACAGUGUCCAAUUAUCCAGAAAAGAUGUUACAGCUUCUGUGUCGUCUUACGGACCACCUCCUGUUUAUUAUGGUGGACUGGGCACGAACUUCAAUAUUCUUCAGAGAUUUAAAGGUGGAAGACCAGAUGAAGCUGCUCAACAGUAGCUGGAGUGAAAUAUUGAUACUUGACCUGGCCCAUCGACUAUUGAGACACACCUGGGGUGGUGAGCUUGUACUGUCUAACGGUUUCAAGCUCAGCCUGGCUUGCCUGGACACCCUGGGGCUGGGCGAGAUGAAGGACCGCAUACUAGACAUCGUGCACAAGAUGCGCGACCUCAAGAUUGACGAGAAUGAGUACACAUGUCUGAAGUUCCUUAUACUUCUUAACCCAGAUGUGCCCAACAUGGACUGUCAAGAGUUUGUGGAAAGAUGCCAGGAAAAAGUGCAGGCAGUGCUCAUGGAGUACUGCAUAACGUUUUACCCUAAUGUCAAGGACAAAUUCAGUCAAGUGUUGCUACGGUUACCAGACAUUAAGCUUGCGAGUAUUUGCGGGGAAGAGUAUCUGUACACGAAACAUUUGGCGGGCGCACUGCAGGAAAACACGCUACUUAUUGAAAUGUUGCACUCGAAGAAGAAAUAGUGUUGUUUUUUAAACCCUUUGUUAGUGGAUACCGUUUUGACUGUAAGACUCAUCAUGAUUCUGCAGCCAUAUAAUUGUUAAUGAUGUUAAUGACUACUGUUGCCAUGGUAGCUGUUGUUGUUAGCCUCUAGAAAUAAUACUAUUGUUGUUGGUUUAUGACUGUUAAUAAUAUGUCAAGUGUUAUUUUAAUGAUAUUGUGUCCAUUUUUGACAAAUCAGUUCAUCAUCUAUUAUCAGGUAAAUGGAAUUAUUAUUUAUAGUUUCAACAUGGAUUUAAUCAGUCCAAAAAUGUUAUUUAAUUUUAGACAUCAUACUGUGAAUCAUGAUUUCCCUCAUUUCAUCUUUACCAUUAAGUUAAGUGUUUUAGCAAAGUUGAUACUACUCAUCUUUGAUAAAUUCCAUAUUUAGACAUUUUAAGAAAUUAUGUUUUUAUAUGUUACAAAAUUAUCUUAAUUGGUGGUAAUUUCACUAUAUUAGUGAAUAUUCCAUGAGCUCUUAAACUGUAUUUUUUUAACCUGGUUUUCCGAAGGAAAAAACUGAUCAUUAGAUUGGCGAAAGUCGGCGGGCGGGCUGGUCUUGGAACAAGCUUGUCCGGGCCAUAACUUUGUUGUUCAUUGUAAGAUUUUAAAAUCAUUCGGCACAAUUUGUUCACCAUCAUUGGACAAUGUGUGGCGCGAAAGAAUUACAUCGAUAUCUCAAAGUUCAAGGUCACACUUUGAGUUCAAAGUUAAAAAAUGGCCAUUAAUGAUCUUGUCCGGGCCAUAACUAUGUCACUAAUUGUGAGAUUUUAAAAUUACUCGGUACAUUUGUUCACAAUCUUUGGACGGUGUGUCAUGCCAAAGAAUUAUUAUGAUAUCUCUAAGGUCAAGGUAGCCACAACUAAAAAUACAUUGAAUUUGACACAAGGGGGUAACUAGGAGCAAUCAGUAACAAUGCACAUUUUGAAUUGUCUCCCUUUAUCAGACUUUUUUUUUUUGCCAAUUUGAAAUAAAGGUCGCCACGACUAAAAAGAGAUUGAAUUUGACACAAGGGGGAUAACUAGGAACAAUCAUUAACAAUGCACAUUUUGAUUUGUCUCCCUUUAUCAGACUUUUUUUUUCCCAAAUUUAAAACCUGGUUUUGUGUCAUUUUUGUCCCUUGUUGUUGUUUAUUCAGUGUUUUUUUAUUAUUCAAAAUCAGGCUGGUAAUUGGCCCCAUUCCCAAUGGAAAAAAGUAUAUAUUUUUCCCAAAUGGGAGCUAAAAAUUCCUAAUGAAAGGUUUCCAAUUUUUUUUUCUUUUUUAGAUCUCAAUAUUUUGUUCAACUCCCAUCCAUAUAAGUUCAACCUUAGUGAAUAUAAAUACUGAAAACACUUGUAUUCUUAAUUUUGAAGCAUUUUUUUAGCACAACAACAACAACAAUUUUAGUCCAAACGCCGCAAAUGUUCCCAAUUCAAAGGGACCCGGCCCCAUUCUAAAAAUGGUGAAAAAAAACACUGGAUCCUGUUUGCAAGAUAUGAAUUUAAACCGUUCUGAAUUAAAAUGCCAAUUAAUUUUACAUGAGUUAAUUUCACAGUAUUUUAUGUAUUUUUUUCUUUCUGUGUACAAAAACUAAACAAAUGGACUGAUGAACUUAUAAAAAAAGGAAAAUGGUAAUGUUCAAUAUAUUUUUAUAUAAGUGUACAUAUAUAUUAAGAUAAUGCAACAUUAAGUGCUAUAGUAUUUUUAGAUCAUUUAUAUUUUGUCUGUGGUUUAGAAGAAGUGUGUUGUAAUUUUUACAAAAGCUGUCAGUUGACUGUGUUUGGUUUUGAUAAUGUGCCAUAAAAAUAUAUAGGAUGAAUGAAUGGUAUAGACAUUGGCUUUUCAUGAACUAAUUUGUUAAUUUUUUUGUAUAUAACAACUUUCAUGAAUGGUUUACACAUAGAUUUUUAAUUCAAAAAUCAUAGUUUAUGUUUUUAAAUUUCAGAUCUAUUAACAAAGAUUUUGAAUUCUGUUACAUCUUAAUUUGAAAUGGAUUGCUUUUAUAAAUGCUCAUCGGUAUGAAUUUUCUAUAUAUGGGCUGUGCUCUGUGAAAAGUGGGUUUAGUGUUUUUUUCGUAAGGUGUACAUCCCAGAUUAGACUAUGCAGUCUGUCCAACUAAUCAGGGACAACACUUUCUCGCUUUUAUGAUAUUUUUCUUUUAAAUAAAGUCUCUUCUUUGCAAAAUUCCAGUUUAAGUAGAAAGUUUUGUCCCUAAUUGGCCUGUCCAGACUGCACUAAUGCAUUAAACCCCCUUUUCACAGAGCGGGGUUUAUAUAUAUUUACUAUUAACAAAACAGUAAUUGGAACAUAAAUAAGUUUUAAAAUGACAUGACUAAAUAUUCUUCUAAUACAGUGUUAAUUGUAUUUUUAAGUUUCAGAACAUUAUAAUGCAUAAAUUAAUAUUUUUAACCAGGUUUUUUGAAGGAAAAAACUGGUUAUUAGAUUGGCAAAUGGGGGCGGGCGGAACAAGCUUGUCCGCUCUCUAAGUCAAAUAGUUUUCAUCUGAUCUUUACGAAACUUGGUCAGAAGUUGUAUCUAGACAAUAUCUUGUUCGAAUAUGGGUUAUGCCGGGUCAAAAACUAGGUCACGGGUAAAAAAACAAAUUGUUUUUGAAACAAGGGGGGUAAUUGUGAUGAGUAUCAGUAGCAAUGCACAUUUUGAGUUGCAGUUGUCUCCCUUUAUCAGACUUUUUUUUGUGGAAAACCUGGUUUUGUGACAAUUUUGUCCCUUGUUCUAAAGAUACUAUGAGUAUGCCAUUCUGGGAUGGAUUAAUUAAUUGUUAGAUUGUGAGUACUCAAUGUGCUACUGAAUGUGCUACUGAGGUAAGGUCUUGACAAUGUACAUUAAUGCUCAACAUGUAAUGUUAUAUUUUCUGUACAUAGACUUUUUUAUGUCAUCGUUUGUUAACAGAUUCAUCUUGACUGUGAUUUAGCUUUUGAUAGUUUCUUGUUUUGUAUGUCACGGGUCUUAAGCCAUAUAUGGCCAGCGUACGUUUACGCCAAAAUGCAGCCACCCUGUCGGCUUUAUAGUUGCGCAAAUGUCACGGUCUAAAAGCUGACAGGGUAGCUCAAGACCAGAAUGUGCUGAUGCCCAGGCUUGUCUGGAGCUACACUGUCCGAAUAUGGCUUUAGAACCAUUUUCAUAUGACAUGGUUCAUACACCAUCCUUUAGCAUAGAGGAAACUAUGUUCUUGUAGAUUUUGUAGAGUAUGGUAUUGUUUUCCAGUAUAAAAUCAUGUCUCAUCAUUAAUUAAGGUAUUAUGUUAAAUGUUAAAGCAAUUGCUGCAUGUGUUUUGUUUAGCAGUUAUAUAUCCCAAACCUCCUCUCCCCCUAACUCCACAUUGAAAUUUGCAGAGUGAUAUUGGAGUACUAGUGUCUGUCAGUCUAUUGGUUGACCACUUGUUGCUGUUCCUUAAUUCUUUCUCACUUGUGAAAGUGAAUAUUGCUAUGUGCAAACAGCAUAAAACCAGAACAGCCUGCGAGUAACUCGCAGGUUGUUCAGGUUUUAUGCUGUUUGCUGCUCAUCAGUAUCUAAGGUUUGGAGAUGAAGUUUAAAAAACUUGAAUCUAGUAAGAAAGGUCUUAUAUUAAAUAUAACUUACGAAGGGACUACAAAUGCGUAAAAAUACGUAUCUAAGUAAAGUGGUAACGGGUUAAGUCAAACAAUUGUCUUCCAAUAUUCAGAAAACUACAUGAAACAUAUAACUCUUCCAAUUUUAGUGUAAGCAAGAUUGCCCAAUGUGAUGGAUGAGUUAUGGCCCUUGAAUUAUCACACAUUUAGUUGUGAUUGGUGGUCACUAAUUUUCAUCAAAAUGCUCCUACUGUGUUGCUUUCUAUUAUAAUAUUUCAGUCAAGUUUAUUUACCAAUCACUUAGUGCUUGAAUAAUCUGGAAUUGGGCUGUAAAGCUUAAAGUUCAACAGUUUAUUGUCCAAACUUGAUGAAAAUGUUUGAAACUGCAUAUUGUACCAUUGUUUCAUUGUGACACACAUUUCCUCAGGAGAAACAUAUUUGUGGACCUUAAUAGAUAUAUAAUUAAUUUUCCUUUGUAGCAGUUCUCUUUCUUUUUGAAAGCAGUGCAAAUAAAUUAUUGAACAAAUUUUAUAAUUAUUGAAGAUUGUUUGCCAAAGGAGCAAGGAUUAUGGUUUUACAAACAGUUCUUGUUAUAAUUUAGAUAUAAUUUAGAUAUGUUGGUCAUUCACUUGUUUGGAGUCAUUUCUUUUAAGCAUCUGAAUUUAUAACAUUUGUUGUUGAAAAUUCUUGAAAUCAGUAUAAAAAAACUUGUGAUCUAGUAAAAUGAUAUUAUGUUUAUAAGAAUAAAUAGGGCCAAAUUUCAAUAUGGAGGAUGGGGAGGCACAGUGGUUUCUUUAAUUAUAAUUACUAAAAUGAAAUACAAUUUAAAAAAAUUCCUUUUGAUAUGAACAUCUGUUUUUCAAUUUAUGUUUAUGUGCUUUCUUUCAUACAAACAAUAGAUAAGCUAUUUACUAGAAAACACAAAAUGAAAAAAUAUAGAUGCAUAUUUUUAUGCCCCCCUUCAAAGGAGUGGGGGUAUAUUGUUUUGCACAUGUCGUUCAGUCCGUCUGUCAGUCCGUCCACCUGAUGGUUUCCGGAUGAUAACUCAAGAACGCUUAGGCCUAGGAUCAUGAAACUUCAUAGGUAUAUUGAUCAUGACUGGCAGAUGACCCCUAUAGAUUUUCAGGUCACUAGGUCAAAGGUCAAGGUCACAGUGACACAAAACAGUAAAAUGGCUUCCGGAUGAUAACUCAAGAAUGCUUACGUCUAGGAUCAUGAAACUUCAUAGGUACAUUCAUCAUGACUGGCAGAUGACUUGUAUUGAUUUUCAGGUCACUAGGUCAAAGGUCAAGGUCACAGUGACUCGAAAUAGUUAAAUGGUUUCCGGAUGAUAACUCAUGAAUGCUUACGUCUAGGAUCAUGAAACUUCAUAGGUACAUUGAUAAUUACUGGCAGAUGACUCGUAUUGAUUUUCAGGUCACUAGGUCAAAGGUCAAGGUCACAGUGACUCAAAAUAGUAAAAUGGUUUCCGGAUGAUAACUGAAGAAUGCUUACGCCUAGGAGCAUGAAAUUUCAUAGGUACAUUUAUCAUGACUGGCAGAUGACCCCUAAUAAUUUUCAGGUCACUAUGUCAAAGGUCAAGGUCACAGUGACACGAAACAAUAAAAUAGUUUCCUGAUGAUAAAUCAAGAAUAAUUAGGCCUAGGAUCAUGAAAUUUAUAGGUACAUUGAUCAUGACUGAAGGAUGACCCCUAUUGAUUUUCAGGUCACUAGGUCAAAGGUCAAGAUCACUGUGACACAGAACGUAUUCACACAAUGGCUGCCACUACAACUGACAGCCCAUAUGGGGGGGGGGCAUGCAUGUUUUGCAAACAGCCCUUGUUUAAUAUUUAAUUAAGUGCUUGAAAAUGUGCUAUUUACAUAUUAUUACGUUUUAGUAUAUAUAUGAAGAAAAAGUAUGACUGCUUUAAGCCCAGCUAAUUUUCAUUAGAUCUUUACCAAACUUAAUAGAUAUAUUUCAGGUGAUAUUUUGUGUUGCCCAAGCAUGCAACCUUCGGACUGCUGACUAAAUAAUAACAACUUAUGAAUGAUAUCUGAUCCUUUUAAGUAGCAGUUUGGCCUCACUCAAAUCAAUAAUUUGUCUUGAACUUAUUUGGGCAGAACUGUUGUAUAUAAAAUGUAGCUUUUUUCUCCUUCUGCUUUGCAAGAGAAUCUAUCUUGCUUGCUUUCUAAGAGUACAUAUCUUCAAUUAUAGGCGUUUUGUUGAUAGGGGAAAGUGUCAUUACGCAUAAAAUAGUCUUAUUUCGCCCCGUUGGUGCUAACAAGUACCAUGUGACUUCUAAUGUCAAUGUAACAUGGUACCCUUUUGCACCCAAGGGGUGAUUAUAUAUUUUGUAAUUGACUUAUUUGUAUAAAUUUGCAUGUAAUAAUGGAAUCAAAUGUUAAGAAUUCAUAUCUAUCACAUGUUCAUACCAUUAUGGUGUAUACUGAAUCCAUGCAUGGAAACCUUUUUACUUUUUGGGGAGGGGGCGGGGUGUCAAAUUGUAUGUCUUAAUGUGACAAUAAUUCUAACCACUUAACACAAAAAAUGCACUAUUAAUUUAUAUAAAAUGUCAUUUUUGUGCAGGUAGUUUGGCUUGUAAAUCAGUGGACUUUUGUAAAUAUGUCUGUACAUGUAAAUUUAUUUAAAAGUUCUAUUUUUAUCAUGGGAACUCAUUUGAACGUUUGUUUGUGUAUACUUUGAAUGUUUCUUUGAUUUUGAUCUCUUGUCAUAUUUUGUGUAGGUAAUAUUUUACUGACACAUGAUGAUGUUUCUACCAAUUAUUGAUGGAAAUCUGGCAUGAAAAUGGUUUCAGCGACCAUUUUAAAACAGCUAAAAAGUUAAAUCUUAAGAUUGUUUUUUUACCCAGUACAAAAACCUGCAAU